UCCGGUGGAAAGUGGAGCCUCACUUAGAAAUUUCGGAUAACGGAAUAGCGACAGUCGUCAGGCGAAAGGACUAACGAGCAUUUUACCGCUUCGCUGUCGACGUCCUGCACGUGCGCCCGAUAUGAAUCGAGGAGUAAAUGACACGUGAGAGUGUGUGCGAGCAGGAAGUGUUUUGUGUUGUUACAGGAUCUGUGAUUAUAAGGAUUACCUAAUUCGAUUUAUGUCGACGUUUUUGUUCUGUCAGGUUAGCUUAAACAUGCAAAUGGGGAAAAGGUAUAAAAAGGUGUUCUUAUGAAGAUGUGCCGAACAUACAAAAGAACCUCCAGAAGGAACAAGGACAGAUUGGCUUUCAAUCACAUAGGUUUCGGUUGAAAGUCGCACAACGUCGACGGCAAACAAAACUGUUUCAAACUUCCUAGUGGGUGAUAGUGUGCAAUGCCAUGGGUGCUGAUAAUAAGGACACAUGUUUGUGUAGAACUUAAGUUUUAAUGACAGUUAAAAUGUUUGAAAUGUGGAAUAAUGUUUCGACGAAGCUGGAAGUACAACAGCCGCAGUCACAACAACCACACACCUCUAGCGGCUCCAUCAAAGCCCAAAUUGAGAUAAUCCCGUGCAAAGUAUGUGGGGAUAAAAGCAGUGGCGUCCACUACGGGGUGAUAACGUGCGAGGGAUGCAAGGGCUUCUUUCGGCGGUCGCAGAGCUCCGUAGUGAACUAUCAGUGCCCUAGAAAUAAGAACUGCGUGGUCGACAGGGUCAACAGGAAUCGAUGCCAGUACUGUCGCCUGCAGAAAUGCCUACGGCUAGGCAUGAGUCGAGAUGCUGUGAAAUUCGGUAGGAUGUCGAAGAAGCAGCGAGAAAAGGUGGAGGACGAAGUGAGAUUCCACAGGGCUCAGCUGAGAGCGCAGAACGAUUCAGCGCCAGAUAGCAGCUCGGUGUUCGAUCCACCGUCGCAAUCCGCCGGGGAUCAAAUCCAUUAUAACAAUGGGUACCCGUAUAGUAGUAACGAUGUCGGCGCCUACACUCCUUACUACCCGGGACAGACGCAAGUCCAGGCAAACAGCAUGGGCUACGAUAUUUCCGCGGACUACGUGGAUAGCACCACUGCCUACGAUCCUCGACCGGGGCUGGACCCCAUGAACGACAACAGUACCUUAAUGACGAACAUGGUCACAGCAGGCAAUACUAACACUAGCGGUGGCGGUAACGGUGGAGGUGGCGGUGGAGGCGGUGGUGGCGGCGGUAGUAAACAAACUACCCUGACGAUUAGCGACAACCGCACCUUCAAGCGAGUGACACAAACGUCUAGUACCACCCUAUCGGGCGGUACCAUGGUGUCCGUGAAGCAAGAAGGUAGCGUCGAAACGUUGGUACCUGCAUAUGUAGAUAGUACGACUUUUGUGAAUUCUCCGAGCGACCCGCAGAGCAGCUCUGCUAGGCAGGGCUUGGUAGCGGGAGUGCAACAGCGAAGCGGUGACGACUGUGAGUCAGUAACAUUACCUAAUCCCAGCCAGAUAUCGGAAUUGCUGUCGAAGACCAUCUCGGACGCGCACACCAGGACGUGCCUGUACACGCUGGAGCACAUCCACGAGAUGUUCCGGAAACCCCACGAUCUCUCGCGGCUGCUGCUCUACAAGAACAUGCCGCACGAGGAGCUGUGGCUGGAGUGCGCGCAGAAAUUGACGACGGUCAUUCAGCAGAUCAUCGAGUUCGCGAAAAUGGUACCUGGAUUCAUGAAAUUGUCGCAGGACGACCAGAUCGUCCUACUUAAAGCAGGAAGCUUCGAGUUGGCAAUCAUUAGAAUGUCUCGAUACCUGGAUCUCUCUCAGAACUGCGUUCUAUACGGAGACACGAUGCUCCCCCAGGACGCCUUCUUCACGUCCGACACGGCCGAAAUGAAGUUAGUCACCUGCGUAUUCGAAGUCUCCAAGAGCAUAGCGGAGCUGAAGCUGACCGAAUCCGAAUUGGCCUUGUACUCCGCUUGCGUCCUACUAUCUCCAGAUCGACCCGGACUGAAAGGUAUAGGAGAGAUAGGACGACUGAGCCAAGCCGUCGUCAGAGCUCUCCGGUUAGAACUAGAACGAAAUCACAGCCUACCGAUUAAAGGCGACGUCACGGUGUGUGAUGCACUGCUGACUAAGAUUCCAACACUGAGGGAAAUCAGUAUGCUGCACAUGGACGCGUUAGGUAAACUGAAGAGGUCGGCGCCGCAUCUCGAAUUCCCGGCGCUCCACAAGGAGUUGUUCAGCGUCGACAGUUGAAGCUGCAACUCCGAUCGAGCCUGUCUCAACGGCAGCCUAGGGUAGCUACUGUAAGUCGCAUCCGACUCCCCGUCCCGUGCGAUCUCCUCGUAACGAUUUCUGUUUUUCUCGUUUCAGAUUCCUUCUUAACUGAAAGAUGUAUAUCGGCCUUAAUACAUAAAUAAUAUUAAAGUAUAAUUUUCGUUAUUAAAAGGUAAAAAUUUAUUGUUGCGACAUAAAGUUUUAACAAAUAAACGCAGAUCUCUAAGGAUUCGUUUAAAGAAUUGCAAAGUUUAUCGAAACCAGGCCCUGAUUUAAAAGUACAACUUACAUUUUUUUUUAUUUUCGUUGGUACGUUUUCAGGGCAUCUCAAGACUCGCAAAGGCAAUUUCUUCAUUUAUUAUUUAUUACAAACGCUCCACCAUCAACUCAUCAUUCAAAUUCAUCAAAACAUUAGACUCAUUUAAAUACUCUACAAGAGCAAAUCAUCGGUGAGGAAAUUAACGAUUUACUUGUGAUUAAAAAUAACUUGCACAAGUACACAAAAGACUGAUUUAUCUUAACACGAGCAUCAGUAAUCGGGGUGGAUUGGAUUUAGGGCAGCAACGGAGGGAAAAGUCGGAUCAUUUCGGGGAUAUCUUGAGGUGUCGACUGAAAACGAAGAGAACGCAAAGUUCUGCAAGCUAGGUGCUCGAUUAUUUGACGAAUAUAAGUUUUGCGAUUUUUUAAAUUGACGCGCAUUUACAUUAUAAUAUCUGCCACUUUUAACAUAACACGCUAUUCUACACAUAAGAAUUAAAGUUAUACACUAUUGAUACCUAUAUAACGUUUUGGCCACCCUGUUAUUAAAUAGUAAGGACUUAUUUUAGUUGAAAUAAAUAGUUUAGACUGCGUUUAUAUACGUAAUUUAGGCGUCCCCUUCUUUGCCAAAAAAAACAAGUUUUUAUUUGUAAAUCUGCACAAAUUAUCAUCAAAAUUUAAUAAAAAAAUUUACAGAUUUAUCAGGAGUCAUGAUUAAUAAGAGUCUCAAAAAACAAUUAUUAAUAACUUUAUUGGUACUUGGUACUUAUGUAACAAAAGUAAUUAAUGUUUUUUUUGGCAAAUUACGAGGGAAUCCGUAUUGUAUACAUAUUGAAUAUUGUACCAUUUAAAAUUGAGCAAUGUCGACGAUUUAAUUUGAGUUCAACUAUACAUUUUGUGCUGUACGAAAAAGAUUUUAGCUGGCGCUAUUAAUACAAUAAUAUUCGGAAUCUAUAAAAGUUAGUUUAAGAUUAGGAGACGCUUCUAAUUGGCUUAAACUCUAUUAUUUUGUACUUACGAAAGGCGAAUUUUAUAUAGUACAAUCUGUAUAUUCAAAAGCAUAUUUUUUGAAUGGUUCAGAUAUUCACGAGACACUUUAGUUAUAGAUUUA